AUGAAGAUGGGAGGGAUGUUUGCAAUGCUCCACAAAGACGGCAAUAAAAUGAUCAUCAGAAAGCCUGGGUAUAAUCUGCUGUGAAUAGAGAGUUCUAUUACAAUGUGCCUCCAUGUGAUAAACGACGGGCUGUCAGAAGCUAGCAAGCAAGCUUAAAUGAGCUCUUAAAAAGAAUCAGGAACUCUGGUAACUUUUUACAUUUUUAGUCAUUUAGCAGACGCUCUUAUCCAGAGCGACUUACAGUUAGUGAAUACAUAUUUUUUUAUACUGGCCCCCCGUGGGAAUCGAACCCACAACCCUGGCGUUGCAAACGCCAUGCUCUAUCAACUGAGCUACAUCCCUGCCGGCCAUUCCCUCCCCUACCCUGGACCAAUUGUGCGCCGCCCAUGAGUCUCCCGGUCGCGGCCGGCUGCGACAGAGCCUGGAUUCGAACCAGGAUCUCUAGUGGCACAGUUAGCACUGCGAUGCAGUGCCUUAGACCACUGCGCCACUCAGGAGGUAACUGGUACAAAGUGGAGAGCCUGAGCUAUCAUACUCUCAAAUGCUGAGGCUUGAACUGUAACACGGGAGCCAGAUAGGAGAUAGACUUUAUUUAUUUCAGAAGCAAGGUUUUUCCAUGUUAGCCAACAUCAAUCUGACUCUUCUUCGCUCAGUUCAGACGGAAUCAGUGGAAAACAAAGUCAACAGGGAAAAUGCUUUUUGCUGAUUUUAUCAUUCAAGUAUUUCUUUUUUUCUCUUUAUUUUGUAACAUCCCAACAUUUUGAGAAUUGCCUGGAGGGGUGCGCAUCCCAGGUGGUCGCACUCUGUGCCUCUCCCUGUCCCUCUCUCCCCCCUCAAUCUCACAAAGGGAAUAUGUGCAUGAGAUUGUUCCUCAGCUCACCCCUUCCUUCCUUCCUUCCCUCCAAACCCCCAGUAUUACCGUGCUCCGUGCAUGUGUCUCUGCUAGCCUAGAAUAUCUUAAGGUGUGAGUUGGAAAGGGUAGACAUCUCCAGAUUUCCCCAUGGAUUCCAGCAUCACAGCUAAGGCAUGUUGAGACUCAUAUCACACAAAGGGAAUGACAUCUUUCCAGAUUGAGGGCACAGGCAGCAGCAUAUCUUUAUGUGACUGUGCAUAUGCCUGUUUCCCUCCCUGACUGCAUGUCUAGAACCUCAUGGAACCUCAUGUAACAGUGGAAGUGAGAGAAACCAGGAAAAAAAAAAAUUUACAUCUAAUUUUCCUACCAAUAUAUCAUAAAAAAUUGAUAUUUCUAAACCCUUGAUAUGUUUGGUGUUAGCAUGUAGUUAUUGCCAUUAUCAUGAUGGAUAUUUAGUAAAUUCCACAACCUAAUUAAAUGGCAUCAGGACAGUGAGAAUCUUGACCCCCAAAUCUUUCACUGUUCCCAGACAUCACGAUCACACCAUUCUCAGUAUACAGCAUAGUACACACUCUCCCUCUCUCGCCAGUCACUUCUUUUCUCUGAACUACAGUAAAUUACAAAAUGGUAGCCGGCAGUCACCAUGGUAAAUCCCUGACAGUACAUCUAUCUGCAUUGCGGUUUGGCAGGCAGGCAGGCCAGAGCCCAGGCAGGCCAGAGCCCAGUGUGUCUCUUCACUGGUUAAUCCCUCACUAAACUGGGAAGAGGAGGAGGGGAGGGGGGGGGGGGGGGGGGGAUUCUACUGAUGCGAACCAUGUCACAUCACAUCUGGAGGGGGGGCUACUCUAGUGUCGUGACGGUAAUGCACACGACACCAGCAUUCUGGGUUUCCACUGCUGCUUAGUGUGUUUUGUUUGUUGUAUCCUAUCUGUUCUUGGCGGCGUUGGGUAAUGAUUUUGAGAGCAGCCAGGGAACCCCAGAAGGGGCUUGUGUUGUUGUGAGGCUAAGCAGUGUGUUGUGACAUGCCAGCAGCCCCAAAUGGCUUUAGAAGCAAAUGGCAGUGAGUGCAUGGUGCACAGUGUACAGUUACAGCCCCAUCCCCUCCCCUCUAAAUCUCUAAUGAACACUUGGUAAUUAGGCAGGGUCUCUUUGGGAGGGACUAAUGGAAGAAGGUCCUGAAGCUGAUUAGUCCUGGAUGCUACUGAGGCUCCAGAGACCAUCUGUUCUCUUCUGUUCUCUUCUCCCCAUCUUCAAUCCCCCCUAUCAGAACUAUUCAAUGAAAUAGUCAUCAUUCCUCCUCGGGUACUGUGCAUUCACUGGAACUGUCCCUUGUACAUUAACACAUUUGUUCCCAAAUACACCCAUUUCCUAACCCGAAAUGCCCUAUUUGUUACUCAUAAACCCUAGUUCCUUUGCCAAUACACCUCAUCCCUGUUACUUGCCUAUCUCUGCCCUGUUACCUACUUUCUUUAGGCCUGUAUUCCCCAAGUCACCAACAGUAACCUAUAUUCAGCUAUUCGCUGCACAUUCCAACCCUGUUAUUUGUAUAUCUAAGUCCAAUGACCUCUGACCUUUUAUAGGCUAAUCAUUUCAUAGAUAAACUCAAAGUAAAGUGGUAUAACACAUGUGCCCCAGCCCCAUUAACUUUUUUCCUACCACAAAUUUGUUGCCAGAAAGAAUUUGAAUGGGCAAUAGACGUCCAUCCAGACCCAUUACCUGUAUGAGCCUUGUGUAUCCUUACACCCCAUUACUCAAAUAAACCAGGUACAGUGAGGGAAAAAAGUAUUUGACCCCCUGCUGAUUUUGUACGUUUGCCCACUGAAAAAGAAAUGAUCAGUCUAUAAUUUUAAUGGUAGGUUUAUUUGAACAGUGAGAGACAGAAUAACAACAAAAAAAUCCAGAAAAACGCAUGUCAAAAAUGUUAUAAAUUGAUUUGCAUUUUAAUGAGGGAAAUAAGUAUUUGACCCCCUCUCAAUCAGAAAGAUUUCUGGCUCCCAGGUGUUUUUUAUACAGGUAACAAGCUGAGAUUAGGAGCACACUCUUAAAGGGAGUGCUCCUAAUCUCAGUUUGUUACCUGUAUAAAAGACACCUGUCCACAGAAGCAAUCAAUCAAUCAAUCUGAUUCCAAACUCUCCACCAUGGCCAAGACCAAAGAGCUCUCCAAGGAUGUCAGGGACAAGAUUGUAGACCUACACAAGGCUGGAAUGGGCUACAAGACCAUCGCCAAGCAGCUUGGUGAGAAGGUGACAACAGUUGGUGUGAUUAUUCGCAAAUGGAAGAAACACAAAAGAACUGUCAAUCUCCCUCGGCCUGGGGCUCCAUGCAAGAUCUCACCUCGUGGAGUUGCAAUGAUCAUGAGAAUGGUGAGGAAUGAGCCCAGAACUACACGGGAGGAUCUUGUCAAUGAUCUCAAGGCAGCUGGGACCAUAGUCACCAAGAAAACAAUUGGUAACACACUACGCCGUGAAGGACUGAAAUCCUGCAGCGCCCGCAAGGUCCCCCUGCUCAAGAAAGCACAUAUACAGGCCUGUCUGAAGUUUGCCAAUGAACAUCUGAAUGAUUCAGAGGAGAACUGGGUGAAAGUGUUGUGGUCAGAUGAGACCAAAAUCCAGCUCUUUGGCAUCAACUCAAGUCGCCGUGUUUGGAGGAGGAGGAAUGCUGCCUAUGACCCCAAGAACACCAUCCCCACCGUCAAACAUGGAGGUGGAAACAUUAUGCUUUGGGGGUGUUUUUCUACUAAGGGGACAGGACAACUUCACCACAUCAAAGGGACGAUGGACGGCGCCAUGUACCGUCAAAUCUUGGGUGAGAACCUCCUUCCCUCAGCCAGGGCAUCGAAAAUGGGUCGUGGAUGGGUAUUCCAGCAUGACAAUGACCCAAAACACACGGCCAAGGCAACAAAGGAGUGGCUCAAGAAGAAGCACAUUAAGGUCCUGGAGUGGCCUAGCCAGUCUCCAGACCUUAAUCCCAUAGAAAAUCUGUGGAGGGAGCUGAAGGUUCGAGUUGCCAAACGUCAGCCUUGAAACCUUAAUGACUUGGAGAAGAUCUGCAAAGAGGAGUGGGACAAAAUCCCUCCUUUUUCUGGAUUUUUUUGUUGUUAUUCUGUCUCUCACUGUUCAAAUAAACCUACCGUUAAAAUUAUAGACUGAUCAUGUCUUUGUCAGUGGGCAAACGUACAAAAUCAGCAUCGGAUGAAAUACUUUUUUCCCUCACUGUAAAUCCAUGGGCAUACUCAUAUAAAACAGGUCAACCCCAGUGCACAAGCAUUCAUACAAACUAGGUCUACACAUGUACUUCAGCCCCAAUAUUCUUACAGACCAGGCAUACACCUGCACAUCUAACUCAAUAUAGAUUUUUUUUCAAACAGAUCUACUGCUACAUGUCAGCUUCAAUUGUCAUAAAAAUAGGUGUACUUCUGCAUUUCAGCCCCAAUAUUCAUACAAACCAGGUCUACACCUGUACUUCAGCUCCAAUUUUCAUACCUACAAAGUGUGCACCUGUGCUUGAACCCAAUUAGUCAACUAAGCCAGGUCUAAAUGUGCCGAAGCCUGAAUAGUCAAACUGUAAACCUGGACUACCCCUGCACAUCAGUUCCAGUACGCCUAUAAACCAGGUCUACACCUUUGACUGAGUCCCAAUAAUAAUAUAAACCAGAUCUACACCUGAAUAUCUCAGCCCAAAUACCCACAUGAACCAUGUUUACACCUGUGGCUAUGUCCCAAUAGUCUGAUAAACCAGGUCUACCAUUGUGCAAGAGACACUUAACAAACAAACUUAUUGACAUAAAAUAUUUGUCAAGUUAUUAUACUGCUUGGAGUUUGCCAGAAGGCACCUAAAGGACUCAGACCAUGACAAGAUUCUAUGGUCUGAUGAAACCAAGAUUGAACUCUUUCGCCUGAAUGCCAGGCAUCACGUCUGGAGAAAACCUGGCACCAUCCCUACAGUGAAGCAUGGUGGUGGCAGCAUCAUGCUGUGGGGAUGUUUUUCAGCGGCAGGGACUGGGAGACUAGUCAGGAUCAAUGGAAAGAUGAACAGAUCAAAGUACAUAGAGAUCCUUGAUGAAAACCUGCUACAGAGCACUCAGGACCUCAUACUGUGCAGCGACACUCCCCAUCCAACCUGACAGAGCUUGAGAGGAUCUGCAGAGAAGAAUGGGAGAAACUCCCCAAAUACAGGUGUGCCAAGCUUGUAGCGUCAUACCCAAGAAGACUCGAGGCUGCAAUCACUGCCGAAGGUUCUUCAACAAAGUACUGAGUACUUAUGUAAAUGUGAUAUUUCAGUUUUUAUUUAUUUAUACAUUUGCAAACAUUUCUAAAAACCGGUUUUUGCUUUGUCAUUAUGGGGUAUUGUGUGUAGAUUGAUGAGGAAAAUAUGUGUUGAAUCAAUUUUAGAAUAAGGCUGUAACGUAACAAAAAUGUGGAAAAAGUCAAGGGGUUUGAAUACUUUCCGAAUGCACUGUAUAAUACGGUAGAGCCACUGUAUUUUCCCAUUGGUCACAAAUAUGACCUCUAAGAUAUUUUCAUAUACCUAAAGCAUCAUGGACUCAAUGUAUUAAAAAUGAAGGCACAGUACAAAAGUUAAUUUUUUUCUCUCACUAUUGUGAGUGAUGGGAUUAAAUGGGUUAAGGAAGGGAGCGAGGGAGGGAGGGGGAGAGAGCAACUUGCAUAGUUUGGGUAAUUUAAAAAAAGACAGUAAAAUCACCAGGAAUUAAGCUAAAAUGAGUUUAAUUUAGGAAAUCCAUUCCCAAGUAUUCCCACGAAUAAAAAAAGAGACGUGAUCGUAUAAUUAAGGUAGGAAAUUAUUGUUCUUUUCAAAUACAAUCUCUUUUUGGGCUUAGUUGGGGUCAAUUUGCAGUGAUGAAAUUAUUAUAAUUAUGUUCCAGCCCCCCGACCAUCCGCUCCGACAACAAUCGGCCCGCGGCUGGAUCUAGUUGCCUACCCCUGGUGUAGGAGAAAGGGGAUAGGUUAGAGAGCUCCAAUACAAUUUUAUUUAACCUUUAUAUUUACAGGGAGUCAUGCUGAGACCAAGAUCUCUUUCUCAAAUUAUCUAUGCAUACACAUCAAUACACAUCAAAAACAUCAAUACACAUCAAUAAACACUAUACUUAAGCAAUAAGGCACGAGGGGGUGUGGUAUAUGGCCAAUAUACUACGGCUAAGGGCUGUUCUUACGCAUGACGCAACGCGGAGUGCCUGGAUACAGCCCUUAGCCAUGGUAUAUUGGCCACGUACCACAAACCCCCGAGGUGCCUUAUUGCUAUUAUAAACUGGUUACCAACGUAAUUAGAGCAGUAAAAAAUAAAUGGCAUACGGUCGAAAUACCACGGCUGUCAGCCAAUCAGCAUUCAGGGCUCGAACCACCCAGUUUGUAAACAUCAAUAAUACACAUCAAAAACAUCAAUAUACACUAUACACAUCAAUAAUACACAUCAAUAUACACAUCAAUAUUCACAUCAAUACACUAAAAGCAAAACAAAAUCAUAGAAACAAACACAAUCUUCAGUUAAAAGGUCCGCAAUCAGCCUUUUGAAUUGCCCUAGCCUAGAGGCACCAAUUCAUCCAAUUUUAGAGAGCCUUGGAGAUUAUUCCACAACUCAGGUGCAAAAAAACUAAAAGCAGAUUUACCUAACUCAGUGUAGAUCGAAGGGAUCUCCAGAGUUAGCCCUCCCUGAGGCCGGGUCUGGUAUCUCGUACAAUGAAGGAAGGUAAGGUGGAAAUGUAUGCAGGAGGGCUUUUUCAAACAAAAAGAGUGCAAUGCGUUAAUCUACGAGAUUUAAUAGAGGGCCAGCCUACUUUCUGAUACAGAAUGCAGUGAUGUGUACUGAACCUAUCGGCCGUAAUAAUGUGUAUUGUGCUAUGAUUAACUGUGUCCAAUGGCUUCAGAACAGUGGCAGCUGCAUUCAUAUAGACAAUAUCCCCAUAGUCUAUAACCGGUAUGAAUGUCGACUGAAUGAUUUGUUUUCUGCUAUUUAAUGAAAGACAAUCAAGCCAAGGACAUGCAGUAGCCUACACUCUUAGAAAAAAGGGUUUUUAAGCUGUCCCCAUAGGAGAACCAUUUUGGGUUCCAUGUAGAACUCUCUGUGGAAAGGGUUCUACAUAGAACCCAAAAGGGUUCUACUUGGAACCAAAAAUGAUUCUUCAAAGGGUUAUCCUAUGGGGUCAGCCGAAGAAUCCUUUUAGGUUCUAGAUAGCACCUUUUUUUCUAAGAGUAUAGCCGUGGACAAGUUGAUCGACUUUUUGUGUCUUGCAGGAGGAGCUGUUGUCAUUAGCCUGGGCCUGGCUGGUGGUGUUAAUCUGAAGGGGGUUAGAGUCCCUUCUCUUCCUCUCCUCAGAGAAACUUCUUACUGCUGAGUUAAGGCUCUUAAAUUGAUUCCCAAACGUCCCUGAGCCCCCCCUCCCUGGUUAUGAGAAUAGCCAAUUACGAGAGUGAAGCUACCAUAUCACAGGCAUGCCGAGAAUAUGAGUUACACCACUGAAGAGGACACAGAGAACAUACCUCUGUAGAGUCCAGAAACACUCAAAUGUCUAGGAGUCACCCCACCAUUAUCACUUAUCCUCCUUCACAGGUUGUCUCACAGUCACAGGCUGCUGGAUUAACUUCUGCUGCUGCUGCUGCCAUUGACUGCUCUGCUCUCACAGCCAUGAAUUCAAUUACAUCUAGACUACCUCCACAUGACAAUGGCAUGAAAGUCCUGAAUUGAAAUUUCAUGGCGCACUUAGAGCUCUCCUUUAACAUUUACAGAACUUUCAGAUCGACAUCAGAAGUGUAGCGAGUGUUAUACGGUUCUUUAUUUUAUGUUGCCUUGUAGAGAGCUCUGAAUGGGGGUGUGAGGGUGCAGAUGUUCAAGGCUUCAAUUAACACUGUGUGUACCUUACUCAUAUGGAAGGCAAGGAUGGAGAGAAAGAGAGAAAGCGAAGAAGGGGAGACAAAUAAAUGUUUAGAAAUUAUAAUUAAGUGGCUGACAUCAUCAAUUAUUUGGUAAGGAUUUGCAUCCAGGAGGAGAGAGUGAGAAGGGAGGUACAUGAGGGGACUGGGGAGAGAUAGACAGAGACAUACUCUUUAAAAAAAAGGGUUCCAAAAGGGUUCUGCGGCUGUCCCCAUGGGAGAACCCUUUGAAGAACCCUUUUUGGUUCCAGGUAGAACUCUUUUGGGUUCCAUGUAGAACCCUUUGUGGAAAGGGUUCUACAUGGAACCAAAAAGGGUUCUACCUGGAACCAAAAAGGUUCUACCUGGAACCAAAAGGGGUUCUUCAAAGGGUUAUCCUAUGGGGACAGCCGAAGAACCCUUUUUGGUUCUAGAUAUCACCUUUUUUUCUAAGAGUGCAGAGAGACAGAGACAUAGAGAGAGAGAGCGAUAGGAGGAAGAGAGCGAAACAGAGAGAGCACAGUAUGGCCAUAUGGAGAGAGAGAGGGUAGAGAGUGGGGAGAGAAAGAUGAGAGAGUGAGGGAGGGAUUGUGCAGUAAAACAGCAUCAAGCGCUCUAAAUCCCUUUCUCUCAUGGGAACAGAGUGUUGGAUUGAAUUGACUGACACAUCCGGACAGCAGAGGUUUACGGUUAGAAAGUGGAUGCCCUGGAGACCUGAUUAGCUUCUCAAUUCAGGACAAUGAUUGGAUUUAUCCAAGUAGCAGAAGAAGAGGAGCAAGGUUCCUUCUGUUAGUGAAGUGAUGGCUAUGAGGAUAUAACAUCAUUUCCUGUCACGCUGGGCGUUAUCAGCGACAUUACUUCCUCUAGAGAGAUAUAUCCCCUAGUGGCGUGUUCCCUACUCCAUGGUGUCUCCUCCGCUGGGCUCCAGCAGCUCUGAUUAAUAAAGCAGCGAGAAAGAGAGAGAGAGAGAGACUCUUAUUAAAAAGUGUUCUUCAGCUGUCCCCAUAGGAGAACCCUUUUUGGUUCCAGGUAAAACCCUUUUGGUUUCCAUAUAGAACCCUUCCCAAAACGGUUCUACCUGGAACCAAACGGUUUAUACGUGCCGAAGAACCCUUUUAGAUAGCACCUUUUUUUUCUAAGAGUGUAUGUGCUAAUAUUCACAACACAAACAGGGCAUUAUAUUUAAAGACCCUGUUUUUUUCACUUGGCUAAUGCCCUUUCAUGCUGAGGGGAAUCAAAUUGUAAUGCAUUACAAAGCCAAGGAUAAAUGGAUGAUUUCCGCAAUGACAGUGUUUUAUGGGAAUACAGGAGGUUAGAGGACAACAAGAAAACCUAAAUCGUUGAAACGGAGCAAAUGUCUGUGACAAAUCUGAUGCUUCCCAGUUCCCACAGUGAGAUAUCAACAGGGCAGAGAAAGACAGACAGACAGACAUACAAGUUACAGAGAAAGACAGACAGGUUACAGAGAAAGACAGACAGACAGGUUACACAUGUCAUCUUCAGUAGAGGAUCUCAAACAAGCUUGUUUAGCUCACAUUUUGGCUUCACAACCCAAUGAGGCUGAAGCUUAGGAGUACCACAUGAGUACUUUCUCAUUGUGUUGGACAGGAUUGGACAGGAGGCCUAGUUCUCUGAAGGAGAGGAAGAAUGUGGCUCUUUUUCUAGAAUCAUUCUGGUUCAUCGUCAGAUCAGUAAAUGUUCCAAUUUAUGCCAAGGGAUUUCAUUUGAAUUGACUUCCUGAUAAGAGAUAGAUUCAAAUGCUUAGCUCAUGGCAGGGCUUAGAAUUAUUCUCUCAGAUGCCCCGGGAAUGAAUAUCUUAAUGUUUUUUUCUGCCUCUUUCUUCUUUUGUAGUCCUUUCAUUUAGUUUUCCAGAUUCACGUUCUUCAUCGAUUUUCAUAGCACUCUACAUUGUUAAUGUUGCCAUUUUAUAUAUGAAUUAUGCAAUAUCAGAGUAUAACCAGGAUUAAAGGAAUAUGAUACUCUAGUUCUGACCAUGUUGUUUUGAGGUCUUUUAUCUUAGGUGCAUUUUGUGUCUAUAUCUUUGUGUUUGCUCUCAAACUCCACCUUUCAAUUUCAGCUGCAACCUUUCAGAUGGUCUACCCUUGAACUCCUGUGUCUAUUGUAGUGUUGUGUGUGUCCGUAUAUGUGCAUACAGCCGUAUAUAUGCUUGUGUGUGUGUGUAUGCCUUGAACGUGAUCACGGUAUGCAACACGUUAAAAAGCAACCGUGCUUCUGCUCCUCCGCCUGCUGUCAUCGGCACGCACAGGCUCACACUCGGGCUCCAGACCGCUCCUUCAUUCUGUAGAGGAGAGGAGGGCGAGGAGAUGGAGGAGGAGAAAUGUGAUUCGGAAGGCAGGCUCAAGAGCCUCUGGUUAGAUCCAGAUGGACAGAGACUUGUCUACAUCUGAGGAUAAGGUGAAAGACAGAAGUGAAAGCUGAGUGGAGGUCAGAAUUAUAGACCUUUCUUAGAAAGACGUCAGUCAGAAAGGAGAGUGUUGAAGGAGAGCAAAGAGGGGAUUGAAAAGAUAGAUUUAGAGACAGCGCUAGAAGAGGAGGGGAGAGAGAGAGCGAGAGAGAGAGCGAGAGAGAGAGAGAGAGAGAGAGAGAGAGAGAGAGACGUGCAGUUGUUGCUCUUCCUUGAAGUGAGAGCGAGCAUUAUUUCAUUAGCUGGCUCCCUCCCCUUUUCUGCCUUGACGUGUGUGUGUGUGUGUGUGUGUGUGUGUGUGUGUGUGUGCGUCAGCAGUGAGCACGUUGUGCAUUGUGCGCUCACGUUGCGUGACCUGCUCCCUCCGACUGGACAGGCCCUGGUUGCCUCCGAAAUGGCACCCUAUUCCCUAUAUAGUGCAAUACUUUUGACCAGUGCCCAGGGCACCAUAUAGGGAUAGGGUGCCAUUUUGGAAGCAGCACUAAUGUUUUUCUUCAGGCACUGCUGCGGGCACCUCAUCACAGGGGUCUGGUUCUCUGAUGUCUCCCUGGAGGUAACAGGUUUCUCUCUCUCCUGGAGAGGGAGGGUGAGAGGUGGGAUGGAGGGAGAUAGAGGGAGUGUGUGGUAGAGGUCUGUGGCUGGAGGGAACAGGUUUCUCUCCUGGAGAGAGGGGGAAGGAGAGAGGGAGGGUGUGGUUAAUAUGAGGUCUGUGGCCACAGAAACAAGAGUGCCGUACGGUAGUGUCUAUCAUUUCUACACAGCCUCUCUCCUCUUCUCUGAUUUGUAAGUAAUUCCGACGCAGAGCUAUCUAUUUUUUAGUAGAACAUUCUCAGAGGAUGAAAUGGCUGUCCACUCUGACUGUACAUUAAUCUGUUGUAACAGUAUUAUGCAUGUAUGCAGCAUAUCAGGGAUGAUGAAAGUAUAACCUAGCCUUAACAGUAGAAUAGACAGAGCGACUUUCCAUUCAGGCAGGGUUUAGUGUAGUAAAGGUCAGUGAUGUUCCUCUACCUGCUGUUGUUUCUUAUUUACUGUGUGCUUUGAUCUCUCUCCUGGUCCAAGAGAGAUCUCAUUCUCCUCACACACACGUCCUCACUGUAAAACCAGCCUCCUCUCCUCCUCUGUCAAAUCGUGCAAUAGUAGAUAUUAGCUCAGGUGCCACAGGGCUUUUGUUGAUACCAAUUGUAACACCUUACACAGAUACAUAGGGACACGCACACUCAGGGAGGGACACACAAAUGGACACACACAGACACACAGACACAGACACAGACACACACACAGACACACACACACACACACACACACACACACACACACACACUCACACACACACACCAUCAGCCAGCGUCUUGUAUUGACAUUUUUGAAAUUCAUGUCAUUGCUCUGUUGUUCCAUUGUUUGAACUGCUCUCUCUCUCCUUCUGUUCUCUCUUCCUCUGUUUGCAGACAGUGGUUUUGGAGGCGUGCUCUGAAUGCUCUCUCAUCACAGCUCCCUCAGUGGAGUCCUUCAUUAAAACUUUUGUGAAUCUCAUAUUAAGAAACGUUCUCUUUCUUUCCCUCUUUCUUAUAUUCAUUGCUCUUUCUUUUCUUUCCAUCCACCAUCUUUUUCCCCCUGCUCUGUUCAUCCACCACAGAAGUCUGCUCUGUUCAUCCACCUCAGAAGUCUGCUCUGUUCAUCCACCUCAAAAGUCUGCUCUGUUCAUCCACCUCAAAAGUCUGCUCUGUUCAUCCACCUCAGAAGUCUGCUCUGUUCAUCCACCUCAGAAGUCUGAUCUGUUCAUCCACCUCAAAAGUCUGCUCUGUUCAUCCACCUCUGAAGUCUGCUCUGUUCAUCCACCUCAGAAGUCUGCUCUGUUCAUCCACCUCAGAAGUCUGCUCUGUUCAUCCACCUCAGAAGUGUGCUCUGUUCAUCCACCUCAGAAGUCGGUGCACUGAGAAUCUAAAUCAGAAUGAAGCCAGUGUCUGUAACUAAAUGGAGCUAUCACAAUCUCUUUCUGUGUGUGGUCUGCAGCUCCAUAGUAACUCUGCUAAUUACCCAACUGUGAUUACUCCUACUACCCCGCCCGCGCCACUUCUCAUGCCACACAUAAACCUGUGCCGCCUGUAUACCCAACCACCCCUCAGACAUAGGGGUGUCACUGAUUAACAAGAUCUCAACUGUCUCUGCUGAGUUGGUCUUGUGACUCUGUGGUGUUUCAUGUUCCACAUGUGAUUGUUGUGUGUGUGUGUGCGUACGUGCGUGAGUAGGAGGUUCCUGUGUGAUUUCCCCCUCAACCUUCUACCUUUUCUCAUCAAUGAAUUCUGGUUGCAAUCAGAUACAGUACAGUACUUAGGGAAAUGUGUUCCCAAUCAGUGCCUCUCUCUCUAUCUCUCUCUCUCUUGUUUGCUCUCUCUCUCUCUCUCUCUCUCUCUCUCUCUCUCUCUCUCUCUCUCUCUAUCUCUCUCUCUCUUUCUCCCCCCUCCUCUUCUGUGCUGCCAGCCAGUGCAUAGAUUCAGAGUGGAAAUAUACCGUACUAUAAACACCAGUCUGCUAUUUUCAGCUUUUCUUUUGUGUGGGGCAAAAUGUACAAGCAGUCUUGUGUGCUGUGUGUAUAUCUGAUGUGUUGUGUGUAAUGGAGUGCUUGACCUCUAAGCCUUUAGUAACCUGUAGGGUAUGACUCAGUCACAGUGCUGUGGGGAUGGUGACCUUGGACUGACCUUAUUGUGUUUCCUCUCUCUCUCUCUCUCUCUCUCUCUCUCUCUCUGUGUGUCUCUCUAUCUGUGUCUCUCUCUUCCUGGCCUGCAGUACAAACAGGUGGAGCAGUACAUGUCCUUCCACAAGCUGCCGGCUGAUAUGAGGCAGAGGAUCCAUGACUAUUACGAGCAUCGCUACCAGGGCAAGAUGUUUGAUGAGGAGAGCAUCCUGGGAGAACUCAACGAGCCACUCAGAGAGGUGGGAGAGGGCUGGGGGCUGUGUGCGGGUGUGUGUGUAUUAAAUAGAAUACUUAUUCAUCGCAAAGGGAAAUUAUUGUGGUGAUAAUCACUGUUUCGAUGUGGGACUAAUUAUUCUCUGAGCACUUUCUGUCUCUCUGAGGGGCUGUUACUAAAGCAUCCAUCUUCCUCUGUUUGUGUGUGUUCCUGUUUGCAGGAAAUCAUCAACUUUAACUGUCGAAAGCUGGUGGCUUCCAUGCCGCUGUUCGCCAACGCGGACCCCAACUUUGUGACCUCCAUGCUGACCAAGCUGCGCUUCGAGGUGUUCCAGCCCGGAGACUACAUCAUCAGAGAGGGCACCAUCGGCAAGAAGAUGUACUUCAUCCAGCACGGAGUGGUCAGCGUGCUCACCAAGGGCAACAAGGAAACCAAGCUCUCAGACGGAUCCUACUUCGGGGGUAAGAGAAAUAGGACAGACUCAGAUCCAGACAAAAGGUCACACACACACAUUAUGCUGCAGAGCUUAAACCUCUUCAGCUUUAAUAUUCAUAAUGGUGGCGUGGAAAAACACAGCAGCACAAAUUAGCUUCUUAAGAGGUCAGCCUAGGUCUGCUUUCAGACACACUGCAGAACUGCAUGAGUGUAAAUGUUCUGUUCUUGUCUCUCACGAGCUGGCCCUGACGACAGGGUUGUCUAAAGCACUACUCAUUAUUCUGUCUGUCAUUCUACAGUGUAUGGUACCUGCUGAUUGUAUAUGUUUUAUGUGAGGCUGUUUACUCUUCCAAUGAUCAACACAAGCUGUAUUUUAAUUGUACGAACAUGCCAAAUGACAAAGAAGAACAUAGUUGACAUAUACAGUAGGGGUUGGAACCAAAAUUAUUUUCUAAUCGUUUCGUUCUGAACAGAACCACUAUUUUUUUGUUCAGUUCCAAAAAAGUACAGUUUUUCGUUCCUUUCUGUUCCUUUUUCAACUCGUGAAAUCAACCGUUUUUACAUUUAGCUCAUUCAAUUACUUCACCAAUCAGUGCGGAUAGAGCAGGCAAGCUAGUUCUUUACAUGAGUGAUGGACAGACAAGUGUAGCCUAUAGCGCAAGAUGCAACUGAAUUUUUGCGGGUGGGGAGAGAGCUAGAGAGGGGUGAGGAGGAGGCUUGAAGCGCUGGGCAUCUUGUUAUGACAUGCAUUAUCUGAAUUAGGUCCACAGAAUUAUACCUAGGAGGAGUGGCUUCUAUGGAGGAACUUUGAAUGUCCUUUGAGCUAGCUAGCUAACAAGCUUGUGUGUGCAGAGUGGCACCAGAAUUAAAAACAUUUUGUAGUUAAUAAAUCCAACGUGAUCACUAGGCCUAUAGUAUCCUUAACUACUAGCAUUGAAAAAGUUAACCCAUUCUUCUCUAGCUAAGAAAAUGGGUGGCAGGUAGCCUAGCGGUUAAGAGCGUUGAGCUAGUAACCAAAAGGUUGCUUGUUCGCUUCCCCGAGCCGACUAGGUGAAAAAUCUGUUAACCCUAUUUGCUCCUGUAUGUCGCUCUGGAUAAGAGUGUCUGCUAAAUGACUAAACUGUAAAACUGAUUAAAAAAAUCUCUCUCCCUAUCUUUUGAAUCACGCUUGUAACGUCAGUACAGUAGCCUAUGCUUCUGAGGGGGGGGGCAGGUAGCCUAAACACACACACACUGGCAAAGAUUUUCAGCUUGCAGGCAGACACUGGAAUAAGUUUCUGAGUGACAGAGUGAGGGAUUUACAUAGGUGCUUUGUUGCGUUUUUUUAUGGGACUAGGAAAAAAUUACGUUAUUAACCAGUUCCCAUGCUUUUAAAAUAACGUAACAUUAUGGAUCACUUUCGUUCCUGGUUCCAUUUCUGUUCCUUUUCAUUAUUUCCCGGUUUGCGGUUCUGUUCCCUGAACCGGUUCCAACCCCUGAUAUACAGUACAGUAUAUAUGACAAAAUACUUUAAGGCUAAAAUGCUUUCAGGCUUUUCAGUCCUGCAUUUCCAAGGUAUUACAGAACAAGCAUGUGCUAGCUGUUCUUUCCCCCAACAGGGUCAGACAGUUUGUACUCUUCUCAUGGUGUCUGGGAGUGUAUGACGUGUUUGACUUCACUCUAGCCAUAGUCCUCUUACCAAAUACCAAUUAAUUUGGACAGUGACAGUGACAGUGUAUCACUGAGAAGACACUGUUUAAGUAAUGAGAAACCGCAGUGAAGCAUUUAACAGCACAUGACCUGCCUGCUGAAGUUUAAUUACGCCGCUCCCUUCGCUGGACCGUCUCCGUGCCCUCUCCCUGGGGGGCGCCGCAAAUAAUAGAAAAAUGGGAAGCAAUCUAUCUCUGUGUGUGUGUGUGUGUGUGUGUGUCUCCCUGGGUGAGGGAGGAGUGAAGCGUCAUCUUUCUUUGUUGUUGUUUUCCCUCUAUUUAAACAUGUAUUUGUACUUACACAUGAAUUGCAUGGAUCAACCCAAAGCACCACUGCCACUGCAAAUGCACAGUUUUUGGAACGGAACUGGUUGCCUCGCAUUAAAUAUUUAAGCCCUGGAUCUGCAAUUAUUUCUCCCAAACACGUUAGAUGCGCUGGGCUUUGCAGGUUUUGACUCCAUUAUCCGGCAGCUAUUCCUGGCAUCCAGGGCCAGGCUGGCUGCUCCAGGGGGGAGGCAAGGCCAACCAAACCAAGCCCACCAUGCAGCCAUAGGGAGUUUGUUACCAAACAUGAGUUAGUCAUUCAUGAAAUUAAUUGAUGUAAGAGGAGCACCAGGGAUAUGGCACUCUCUCUCUCUCUCUCUCUCUCUCUCUCUCUCUCUCUCUCUCUCUCUCUCUCUCUCUCUCUCUCUCUCUCUCUCUCUCUCUCACCCGCUCUCACUCUCUUUCUCUCUCUCUCACCAAACAGGAAGUGAGAGAGAGUGAGCAUUUCCAAGAAACAAACACCAAGGGGCAGAGGGGGGUGGACACUCUCAGAUAGAAUGAUAGAAUGCUCCACCAUGUGUGGGUGUGCAUUUUCUGUAUUGAUGACUGCACUGUAAAUGAAAUGUAUGUGUGUAAGCUCAUUAACGUCCUGUACAGUACAUGCUUGUCAUCAGUAACACUAUGCAUUAUUCACAUUAAUAUACACUCAGAAGUCUGCUCCUGUUAACUAACUGUGGAUCAGCUUGCUCUGGAGAGCCUAAUAUAGGGAAUGCGUGUGACAUGUUGUGGAUGUGAGUGCUGGGCAGAAAUACAGCAAUCCAGGGUAAGGGGACAUAUAAUGUGACUGCAGUAUUCAAGCCAAAGGACACAUGGAGCAUAGCCAGGCCCACUCACUGGACUCUCCUCUGGGCUCACACACACACACCACCCAGCUACUGUGGGGCUGCAUUCAGACUCUCCUGUCUGGACAGCAUCUAGAAGACCCCCUCCCUCCCCAGAUUGGGUGUGUUAUUGUGUUAGUAUAGGUCAUCCUUUGUUGCCUUGUGUAAUUACUGUGUGACUGGUUGAACUGCAGCUCUCCUGGAUAGUGCAGCACAGUUAGUAGAAUGACCUUACAGUGGCUGGAGAUGUCCUUCAGACCCUGGUGCUUAUCAAGAGGCAGCUUUGAUCGUACCUCUUAGAUGGUUCACUUUUCCUUCAAGUGAGCUGUGGCGGGGUUGAGGGAGGGGGGCAGGGGUGGGGUAGGAGGAAAGAAUCAACUGGACAGGGACAGAGACAGAGACAGAAACAGGGACAGGGACAGAGUCAGAGACAAGAGAUGGAGACAGAGGCAGAGACAGGGACUGAGACAGGAAUGGGGACUGUGGCAGAGACAGGGACUGAGACAGGAAUGGGGAAAUCUCUCGUGUCAUCUUGUGCCUGGACUGGGCUCAGGCUAGUCCACUCUGAGCCAGCUGCUCUUAAUCUCUAGGCCCUUAAAGUUCAGGCUGGAGAGAAAAGCUUUCUGGUACCCAGGUGUCUGCUCUGAGCCCUGUCUCUACCUCUGUUCCCAUUCCUGUCUCAUUCCCUGUCUCUGCCUCUGUCCCCAUUCCUGUCUCAGUCCCUGUCUCGGCCUCUGUCGCCGUCUCUUGUCUCUGACUCUGUCCCUGUUUCUGUCCCUGUCUCUGUCCCUGACCCUGUCCCUGUCUCAGUCUCAGUCUCUGUGGAAAAGCAGACUGUAGAGCUGCCAAAUGGCUGCCCUGACUGAGUAAGUCAUUGAGGGGGGUUGGCAGUGGAGUCGCAGGUAAUCCUCUCGCCCCUUAACCCAUUUUAACACAGCCGCACCACUCCUCCUAGAGAAGGUGGAACGGGGAAGGGAAAAGAGUCAGAGACUGAGUGAAUCUAUUCUGUAAGACUGUAUUAUAGUCACUGAGCUACACGGUUAACCUUUGAAUUAAGCUAGCAGUUCCCCCAUGCAGAAUCUAACAGAUCUAACAGCAGCAGUGUAUAACAGUCAAUUACUGCUGCUAGCAUUGGAGGAAGAAGGAGAGCCGAUGAGAAAUGACACGACACCAGCUAUGGUGGAGGCUAAACCAGACACUCCCCAACCCCUCUCCUCAUCAUAGGCCAGUGUGUAUUUCCCUAUGCUAAUGCUGGGAGGGAGCGAGCGAGCGAACGUGGUGUGUCAUGGGGAAUCAGGCUGCCCAGUGCAGAUGUUUCAAAGGUUAGAGAGUGUCCUCUCAGAGGGCCCGUGGGCUGCCAGGGGCGAUGGAGAUGGGAGCUGACAGGAGAGAACCAGAGUCCAGGUGAGGCCCCCCAGACCAGGCCGGAGGACAUUGAUACCUCACCAUGGGAGACCCAGCUCAUACACACACAUAAACACACACACACACACACAGACAGACACACACACAGAGUCUUCCCAAGACCAACCCCUAUCAUUUCCCAGUCAUUUCCCAAACCCUUCCAACGUGAGCCAGCCAGUCAUGUGUGUUGUGUAACCAAGGUCAUACUGUACUGUACAACAGCAAAUCAAAUUACAAGAGUCAGUACAAAAAAUGAAGAUACAAAACAUUUCUAAUAAAGUGGUCAAUGUAAGUAGUCUGGGUAGCCAUUUGAUUAACUGUUCAGCAGUCUUAUGGCUUGGGGGUAGAAACUGUUCAGGAGCCUUUUGGUCCCAGACAUGGCGCUCCGGUACCGCUUGCCGUGUGGUAGCAGAGAGAACAGUCUAUGACUUGGGUGGCUGGUGUCUUUGACAAUUUUUAGGGCCUUCCACUGACACUGCCUGGAUGGCAGGGAGUUCGGCCCCAGUGAUGUACUGGGCCGUACGCACUACCCUCUGUAGCACCUUGCGGUCGGAUGCCGAGCAGUUGCCAUAAGCAGUGAUGCAGCCAGUCAAGAUGCUCUCAAUGGUGCAGCUGUAUAACUUUUUGAGGAUCUAAGGGCCCAUGCCAAAUCUUUUCAGCCUCCUUAGGGGGAAGAGGUGUUGUUGUGCCCUCUUCACAACUGUGUUGGUGUGUUUGGACCGUGAUAGGUCCUUAGUAAUGUGGACACCGAGGAACUUGAAGCUCUCGACCCGCACCACUACAGCCCCAUCGAUGUAGUCCACAAUAAGCUCCUUUGUAUUGCCCACAUUGAGGGAGAAGUUGUUGUCCUGGCACCACACUGCCAGAUCUCUGACCUCCUCCCUAUAGGCUGUCUCAUCGUCGUCGGUGAUCAGGCCUACCACCGUCACGUCGUCGGCAAACUUAAUAAUGGUGUUGGACUCGUGAACAGCAUCGUUCCUGUUUCUCCCAUUUCACAAGGUAUCCGAUUUUAAUUGGAGCAAUUACAUUUUAAUGACCACAUUGUAAUUAAAUGUGUUCAUGCUGUACUCCAAGCAGUGUAGUAGUCAGUUGUUUUCUGUAUGCGUUUCACUCCAAUUAUGAAAUCCAUUUUCUUCCUUGAAGUUGCGGUACAAGUGUUCCAACACGAUUACCACAAAGAGCAGUAGGAGUAGCUACGACAGAUAAGAGAAGAAAACACACCACUACAAAAUAUACACAGAGCUGGACAAAGUAAGCCUGUUCAGUGAUUUCAUGCAGGAUGUUUGUACUAUUGCAUCAGACUGUAAAAGUGAGUCAUCAUAGAGAUUAAACCAUUCAUACAUAAUUUGACUGUUAAUGAUGUACUAGCAAGAGAAGUUUGAGGUUGAGCAGGAUAGAAUAGAGGUCACAGUGUCUUCAGAUGCACCAUCAAAUCAAUGUUAGCAAGCAAAAUCAAUUAGUCAAAAACGAGUAUAGCAUAGCAGCAAUGUUUAAACACAGAAAGAACCUUAUUAGCUUAUUAGCAAUAACAUCUAUGGAUAGGGAAUGACACAUUUCCUCAAAUAUGACCAGGCGUCCAUGUAUAAUGUCUAUCAUCUUUAGUUCUGACAUGGGUCCAACUCAGUGUUCCUCUGUCAGGGUCAUAGGGUUUGUCCCUCCAUUUAUCCCUGGUUCUCCAUGAUUGAGUGUUAAUCUCUCAUUGUUUAGCAUUGAGCUCUAACUGCUACUCAUACUGAGUCUUCUACAGUCAGAGUUCAGAUACCAGUACUAAGAGUCUGGGCUUCACAUCCUCUUCUCUAAAGACAGGCAGAUAAGGCCAGAAGAAAGGCUCUGUGCAGCUCAGUGUCUCAUCUCAGCAGUGCUGGCUUCAGCCAGAAAGAGGUAAAAGGAUUUAACAGCUCCUCUUCAGAGGGGAUUACUGGGAGCAGAGCAGGCCUGCAGAAAACGGACCCCCAACGCAGGCAGAGCCAGGGCUGACCUGGGAGCACGCACACACACACAAACACACAAAUGGGGUUACCAAGCAGCGCAGACACACACAACUUCCUCACACACACACGCACACACAGAGGAUGAGCUGCACAUGUUGUUUUUCAUUAGGGCAGACAUGGUCAGGGACAAGGAGGCUUUGGCUGGCUGGGUAUCUGGCUGUACUAGAGAGAAGGCAGAAGCCCUCAUCCUCUCCUCUAACCCACCAUGCACUGUACAAUACACCGAGAGGCAGUGUGAGAGGGGAAAGGAGAGAGCGAGAGCGAGAGAGAAAAACAGAUUAGUGAGAAGUGAGUUUCAAAGUGAUAUGAUGGAAGAGGGAUUCCUAGUAAAUGUUACGUAGGGAGUAGGAGAAAGGCAGUUAAUUUUGUAGCAAGUGAGAGAAUUGAAAGAGAGAGUGGAGUUGGAAAAUGGCUUUUUCUGAGAAAGACUAAGUGUUAUAGUGGGAUUGAGAGUGAGAGUUGGAGAGUGGCCCACAAGUGGGAUGGGUGUGAUUGUGACAUAAAAGCACAUGGCACGCAUACUGUAAAUUGACACAAACACACAAACAAACAACACACACACACCCGCGGCAUGCAUAAGGCAUAGGGGUUGCUGUUGGUGCCAGAGCUCCACAGCACUGCUGCCUGUUAAAUGGAACAUUAUUCUCCUGAUCUGGCAUGACAGAGGAGGUCUAGCAGACCUCUAAGCUUUCAGAAUGGCAUUAAGUGCUUCAGCUGUGGAUUACAGAAAAUUCUAAUGUUUAAUGCUAAAAAGGAAAAAACAUACAGUUCAGCGCAGGGGUAGGCAAACCCUGGUCCUGGAGGGCCACAGGCACUUCAUGUUUUUGACCUGGAAGACCAGGUGUGUUGAAUUUAGGCAAUCAUUGAACUGACCAAUUAGCUCAGUUGGUCGGGUGUGGUGCCUAGUUGGAACAAAAUCCUGCAGUACCUGCAGCACUCCAGGAACACAAUUGCCUAACCCUGGUUCAGCGGUUCACUUUUUUGUUAGUGAACCGCUGAACCAGUUAGUGAACCGCUGAGCCAUCAUAAACGGUAAGUGGUACAAUAGUGAUAUUUAUCUAUUUUUCACAGCAGCGUGCGUAAUCCCUUCAGGUCAAGUUCACACAUGAGAGAAUUCAGUCGGGGUGAUACAUGUCAUAGGCAACAUUAAGUCUUAAUAUUUCUGUCAGCCUUCACAAAGAUUUCCCUGAUGUUUGCUAAGAAGUGGAGCAACGUUGGCAUAACAUCAGCCCUACUUGACAACAGUGUCUCUACCUUGACCGUAGUGAACAUGUCAUCAUGACGUCAUAGUGUUGACGUUCCUCUCUUUCUGUGUCCUGUGCAGAGAUCUGUCUGUUGACACGGGGCAGAAGAACAGCCAGCGUCAAAGCAGACACCUACUGCCGUCUGUACUCUCUGUCUGUGGACAACUUCAACGAGGUCCUGGAGGAGUACCCCAUGAUGAGACGGGCCUUCGAGACCGUGGCUCUGGACCGGCUGGACCGCAUAGGUAAGAGACUACAUCAUAGUAGAACAUGACUAUCAACUCCAUCUGUAUUAUUGUAAUUGAGUUGAUCGUUACAGCCAAUCAUCUGCCUCUCCAUUGUCAAGUAUUGUGAAGUAUGAAUGUAUUCAAAGACGUGUUACAGUCCCCAGGCAGCACUCUGUACUAGAUUGCCACCGGUUAAAAUCCCAGAUGGAACAAAUGAAACAUGAUGUUGUAGUAAAUGGAUAUGGAUUGGCUGAGUAAAUUACAAAGUGGAGUCAGCUGCCAGUCACUGUACAGUACAUGGAGGUGUCGGUCUGGGAAUCAAACACAGAUGUGCCAAAACUGAGGAAUCCUCUGGAGGGGAGCUGUUUCCAGCUAAGUGAGCAGCCAGCGAAGAGGAGAGGAGGCCAUGCAGUCAGUGUUUGUGUAUGUUAGUGACCUGCUCAGGGCCACUUGAGCCAGUAGGCCAAGUAAACAGAUGUGUCAUAUUAGCUCAGAUGUCUCCAUCCCUCCCACGCUGGCCCCCACACAUCUGGUACCGUGGGCCCUGGCUACCAGGGAGGAGGAACGGAUGGGCACCACAGAGAGAGGAGAGGAGACAACUCUCUCUAUUCUACAGUAUAUUGUUUUAUCAUUUUAUGUGAUAAUCUCAGCAGGAAGGGACAGUGAUAUAAGUUAAAAAAAGAGAGGAAAAUCCCAUGCUGGUGGUGAAGAACUCUCUAUAUCUAGCUCACCCAGUUGACCUAGUGAAAAGUAGUGUAUUUAGUUUGGUUAGUUAGAUACAAAUUAUAUAACAGACAGUGACAGAAAAAAAAGUAUGUCCUCUACCUACAGUAGGAGAAUGGAUCAAUUCACAUCUGUUGAAUUGGCCCUGAAGAACAGGUGAGGUGUUUGUAAUGCAGUAGUUAUGGUUAAGUUAUGGUUAUUUUAAUUCCAGCACUACUUCAGUGACGUGUACAGUGUGUGUACUGAUAUGACGCUUCAUUCAGUUCUUAACCUCAGCCAGCCAGCCCAGACAAAUAAAAGAUUCACAUUGAACGUCAGCAUGCCUCUAUCAUAACUAAACUAUCUCUUCAUGCUUCAUUAUGGCCCAGGGUAUGUCCGUAAUGAGAUGUUGAAAAAUGUCUGCAGGCAGGGGGGCUCUUUCUUUGUUGAAAAUGGCUGCUUUGAAGCGAUGAGGUCCACUGAGGGAAAGCCUCCUCCUCCUCCUGCCUCUGAUAUCAACCUCUCCUGGGCCUGAUGCCUGAUGCCUUUGUGUCUGCAUGUUGUAAAUAGAUGGUGUUCACCUUUCCCCAGCCCUCCUGCAUAAUGAAGUCAUUCACACAGCGAUGCCCUACUAAUUAAUUACUGUCUAAAUGGACCCUGUGCAAUCGGAUCAGAGCUAGGCCUGCUACGGGUCAGGGCAGACCGAGAGACAGCCCCCAGCACUGCUCCCCCCUAAUCGCCAGCCUCUCAUAUCUGAAAUGGAGAGAGAUUGAUCUGGGCCUAAUUGCAUUGACAGUAGCGAGCUGAUACUAGCGUGCGGGUACUGUACAUUUUCAAUCCCACCACCUAGCACCAGCCUUUCAGGAUUAGUGCUCUAGAACAAACGGCCAUGUAAUAUAAUUUAAAUUUAAAUUUAAUAUGCCAUUUAGCAGACGCUUUUAUACAAAGCGACUUAAAUUAUCCCUGUUACUUCUGGCACAUCCACCCAAGAGGGAUGAAUGGGCCAUAGGGCCAGAGUUGAGUUCACCUUUUCCAGAAGAAAGGCUAUUUGUUACUUAGCCUGUCAUAGUGAGCCAUCUCAGGCCAUCCCCAUCCUGUCUCUGUAAUCUGGUGAGUGGCUGACCCCUGACCCCUCCGCCACUCCCCAUAGAGCUCUGGCCAUCCAAUGACAGCAGAGGAGCACUGCCCUUACACUGUGAAAUCACUGACAUUAGUGUGAACACUGACCAGUCGCUCUGCUCAGCUCACACAUUCUUUCCAUAUCAGUCAGCCAUGUCCCCGUUCGGAGCCAUGUUUGAUCUGCGUUCACUUUGCCUCUUAUCUACAGCUCCACAGUAAGAGCUAGUCAAACAACCACACACACACACACACUAUCAUCACAGAGGAAGCUAUCAUGCUUCCUCUGUGUUAUUCCCCUUGGUAGGCUACGUUCCCUCCCUCCCUCCCCCUCUCUCUCUCUCCUCCAAAUUUCAGCCAAGGUUUCUCUUUUCACUCUGUCCUUGUGCUCGGUGCUGUUAGGGAGCAGUGCUUCAGAAUUAAGCGACCGUGUGAAAUAGGAAUCAAAGAGGAGUCUGGGAGUAGGCUGAUCACAGCCAUUCUGACGCCCUUUAAUAGUCAAUGUGCAGCCUAGGGGCUAAAACACAGUAACACUCAGUGGCCUUUGUUGGCAAAUGUGUUGCUUGUUCACAGGAUCAGGGGUGAUUAUGAAGUAGCUGGAUAUUGUGCAGUAGGGCCAGGCCAGGCCAGGCAGUGUGUAGCUAACUGUAUAGUGAAAAAGGAAUCUCUGCACAAGUAAUAAAUCAGAUGCAAUUCCAGAGUAUUUAACUAACUAACUGGACGAUCCAGGCUGAUUGUACUGUUUCUGUCUGUCUGUCUGUCUCACAGGGAAGAAGAACUCCAUCCUGCAGCACAAGGUGCAGCACGACCUGAAAUCCGGCGUUCUCAACUACCAGGAGAACGAGAUCAUCCAGCAGAUCGUGCAACAUGACAGAGACAUGGCCACCUGCGCCCACCUCCUCCAGAACAUUCCUCCGCCUCAGCCCCCCUCUCCGGGGCACACCCCCGUCAUCUGGGCUCCUCUCAUCCAGGCACCCCUGCAGGCUGCUGCCGCCACCACCUCUGUGGCCAUCGCCUUGACACACCACCCCCACCUCCCCCAUCUCCCCGCUGCGCUCUUCCGCCCGCCGGUCACGGUCCUGGGGUCCAGGAACCUCCAGGACCCUCCCCCCGGCCGGCUGAAGAAGUUCCACACGGUGGCGCCCACCUCCUCCAUGGGGCCUGGUUCCGCCGGGCCUGACUCCCCCUCCAGCACCCCGUCUAAACUGCACUGCUCUGGGAUGGACACAGCCCUGCUGGCCUCCUUCCGGGCCCACCACACAACUCAGGGGUCAGGGGCAGCCAGCUCCAGUCAGCAGGCGUCCAGCAGCAGUGGAACCCAGCCUGGGCCUAGCGGGGCCUCCGCCUUCCCCUUUGGGCCUUUCUCCUCCUCUGGUGGCUCUCCCUCCCACAGCACGGCACAGAGCACGGCCCAGCUCCACUCACAGCCCCAGACGCAGCAGCCAUUCCGCUGCACCACCCCGCCUCUCGCUGCCCUCUUCCAGCAGGGAGCCAUGGGGGCAGGGAUGGGUGGAGCAACAGGUGGAGCUACUGGGGGGGCUACAGGUUGGUCUUCAGGAGGUGCUACCGGAGGUGAAAUAGGAGGAGCAAUAGGAGGGGCUGCUGAGGGGGCCAUGGGUGGGACAAUAAGAAGGGCCACUGGUUGGGGUAGACGUGGGUCCAUAGAAGGGUAUAAUACUGGAGGGCAUAUAGGAGGAGCCACUGGAGGAUACUCAGGAGAACCUAGUGGUGGGCACAUUAGAGGAACUAGUGGAGGCCAUAUAGGAGCUACUGGUGGAUCAAUGGGAGGGGCAACUGGAGGGCAUAUGGGAGGGGCAAUGGUAGGGGCUACAGGUGGAAUGACAAUUGGAGUUCUGGGUACCUCUAGUUCUGGUUGUAAUAUCAGCCCCCAGUCCACUGGUUCAUCCGGCCACAUUCAGCCCUGUCAGCUGCUCCACAGCCAGCUGCCCCCCAAGCCUCCACAGGUGGGCUCCCUGCAGCAGUUUGCAGGCGGGGGCAGGACUCCAGGUGGGUUCUACCAAACCCCCCCUCCAGGCUCCCCAUCCUCCACCUCCACCCAGCAGGCCCCAGAGUGCUCCCCAUCUUCCCUGGCCCAGUUCAGCCUGGCAGGCUUAAAGUCUGGACUUCAGUCUGGCCUCCAGUCUGGCCUGGUCCCUCAGCUGUCCCUGGAGAGGUCUGCCCUGGCCUCGUUGGCCCAGUACGGCUCAGCUAACGGCUCGCCCUGCUACACCCCCCUGGGGCCCAGCCCCACGGUCCAAAGCCCAGUCACAGGAAGGACUUUCCACUACAGCAACUCCUCCAGUGCCACGGGGUCCCACAGCUCUCUGCUCAUGCCCCAGACCUCCCUCCCCAGCCAACUCCCCAGCCAGCAGCACGCAGCCGGUAGUGAGUCUCUGCUGGGGCUGGGCAGCUUCUCUGAGGAUAUGAAACUAUUAUCCAGUUCUAACCCCUCCCUGCCCCAGGAGGUGGCCCAGGCCAUGGGAUACUCUUCACUCCCGCGUUCCUCACCCUCUCGCACCUCGCCCCCACGCUCCUCACCCCCACACUCCUCACCCCCACGCUCCUCCAUGGAGGCAGGAUACUGCCUCUCCUCGCCCUACUCCUCCCCCAUCCUAGUGCCCAAACCCUGUAGCUCGGUGCCAGGGCACAUGCCUCCUCCUGUCCCUGCCCAGAUGUCUCCAGGACACCUGCAGCACCAGACUCAGUCCCCCGUGGCCUCCCCGGCCCUGCCGCCACGGAAAGGCUCGGCAGCCCACUCUGAACUAGAACCUGUCCGCUCCAAACUAACCUCCAAUUUGUGA